CCUUCCUCUUCCUCUAUUUACUUAUCCCUAAGCUGAUUCACAAGUCCAACAACGAUCAUGGUGGUCGUACAGUACCUCAAGAGGAUUGGGGCCUGGCUUGCUCCUCCUCCUCCAAAAUCAGACGAUGGCCGUGAUCAAUGGCCUUCACGAGCUGCCUUCCUUCUUGCUGCAAUGGGAGGAUGUGCGGGACAGGGAAACCUGUUGCGGUACCCUUCUGUUGUUUAUAACAACUAUGGGCUACAGUGGUUCAUCCCGUAUUUAAUGGCUGUGUUCCUUAUUGCCAUUCCGACCCUGAUUCUGGAGAUCUCUAUCGGCCAGGCAUAUCGCGGUGGAACUGUCAUUGCCUUCAACAACAUCAACAGGAGACUAAAAGGUGUUGGAAUGGGACCGGUCUUCGUGUCCUUUAUCGUCGUCCAGUAUUUCACAGUCAACCUGGCCUGGAUUAUGAACUAUUUUCGACAUUCAUUUACUAGCCCGUUGCCAUGGGAGGGCCGAAUCGAGGAGUUCUACUGGAAUGAUAUUAUCCACAAUGUAGAUCCAGUCGAAAACGGAAGCUUUCUUAAAUACCCAAGUACCAAGGUCCUUGGGGAAACUGUCGGCUGGAGUAUGUUCAUCUGGUUUCUUAUCUGGGUCUCCAUCUUCCGCGGAGUUGGCUUGACCGGCCGCGUCGUCUACUUCACCAUGGGUCUGCCUAUCGUAACGACGAUCAUCUUUGUUGGCCGUGCUCUGUCCCUAGAGAAUGCUGCAGCAGGUGUAAGACUACUCUGGGCGACUUGGAGAAGUGACCAGUUGGCGUCCGGCACAGUCUGGCAAACUGCCGUCGGACAGGUAUUCUUCUCCACCGGAAUUGGCUUCGGAUACUUCACAUCGUAUGCAUCGUACAAUGCAAAGCACUCAAAUGCCGUCAUGGACGCUGUCCUCAUCUGUGGAUCCAAUGUUUUGUUCGAGAACUUUGCUGCAUUUGCAGUCUUUGGCGUUGUUGGAUAUCUUCGAAGAUGGCCGCAGGAUGGGGUCCGACUUGGUGCUUUUGUCGUCGGAUUCCUGACUCUUCCAGAAGCAGUGCUUCAGAUGCCCGGAGCGAACUUCUGGGCGGUUCUGUUGUUCUUCACCCUUGUCGUACUCGGGUUCAGCUCGGCCUUUGUCAUGCUGGACGUUGCAGCCACCUUGGUCGUCGACUCUGGCCUCAAGUACUCGCGUCCCGUUGUUGUCACCGUGCUAACACUGGUUUCAUUCUUGAUGUGCAUUCCAUACUGCACGGAAUUUGGUUAUUACCUUCUCGAUGGCAUUGACAGAUGGGUUAAUAAUGUAGCUCUCAUCUUCAUUGUUUGGAGUGAGGUGGUCAGCGCUACCACUGUCUACCGUUGGAGCGAUAUCACCAGCCAAACUGGUCUACCUGCAUUCGCUGUCUACAAUCUUGGAUAUUUCGGAGGGAUAGUCAUUGGCAUUUCGAUUGCGCAUGGCAUCAGCAACCCAGGAGCUGGAGCUGAGGCGGGCAUAGGCUUCUAUAUCGUCUGUGCCAUUGCGUCAUCCCUCAUCGCGGAGACUCCCAAUUCCAGAGCACCUAGUUUCUGGAAUGCGAACGUGUUCCUGAGCCGGUUCUGGUUCUUAGCGUUUUAUUCAGGCAAUCAACUGCGGCGAGAUUUAAACGUCAUCGUUGGCGGAGGUAGCAACUGGAAUAUCCCCGUUUUUCUACCACUCCUGCUCCGUUAUAUCAGUGGUCCUGUCUUAGCAAUCAUCUUCAGUUUUGCGUAUCCCGAGUUCAAGACCCUAAAGAAUGACCCGAUGAUGGUUGCCGGCUUCAUUCUCGCGCAUCUCGGUCUGGUUCUUAUCAUUCUUGGUUUUGUUAUGCCGAGGUAUUACGAUAUCUUCGUUCCGGUCCACCGCCGGGAUAAGGGUACGGAGCCGACAAUUGCGAACGAAACAAAGGGCAUUGAAGGUAGUGAGGUUACGACGGAUAUUCAUAAUAAUGGCCUUGAUGGUGGAGAAGCUGGUUUCGCAUUUUCUAGUUCUCGUGAGCAAGAAAAAGCGACAGCAAAGUAGGAUAUGAAGACGGACGAGAGCUGGGCGGGAAGUCAUGCGAUUCGAGAGACUCUAAAUUCUAAUUGAGAUUACCCGUAGAGAAAUGCAUCGGCCACCCAAAUGAAGGCUUUACUUAGAACCUCAUUAAGUUUAUUGUAUCUGUUAGGAUUUGGAUUUUAGAAUAUCUAAAGAGGC